AUGGACAUUCUUAGAAAUAAAAGAUGGAUGUAUUUUGAUAGAGUUAGUAAAGAAUAUUUGGAUGGAGUAGAGGAUUUUUUAAAUCAUGCCUUUUCUGAAAAACAAGAUGGAGGAAAAAUUGCAUGUCCUUGUACGGAGUGUGUGCUUCUCCAUCAAGUAAAUCGGGCUACAGCAUAUGAUCAUCUUGUGGUUAAUGGUAUUAUACCGUCAUAUGAUACUUGGUCUUGUCAUGGUGAGUCUCUAAAGGGAUCAAACAAUGCUGGAGCAAAUAAUCGCAGUCAGUCAACUCAAAGGGGCGAUGAUAUGAGAGGAAUGAUACAUGAUGCAUUUGCAGGUAUUACACAGUUCAUGGAUACUGACGUUAGUGAAUUAGGUGGCAUAGAGCAAGUCUUACAAGAGAAUACUGCUCAUCCAUUUGGAAAUCAACCUCAUCUAGAGGUGGAUAAGUUUGAACGGCUCAUGAAGGAGGCAAAUGAAGAAUUAUAUCCUGGAUGUAAGAAGUUUAGCAAACUCUCCUGUUUGCUGCAUUUGUAUCAAUGCAUGUUCAAGUGGUCAAAUGAAUCUUUUAAUUCUUUUCUUGGACUAUUGAAAGAUGUGCUGCCUGAAGGAGAAAAAUUACCUCCUUCUUUCUAUGAGACCAAAAAGAUAGUUGAAGGCUUGGGCUUAAAGUAUGAAAAAAUACAUGCUUGUCCCAACGAUUGCAUGCUUUUUAGGAAAGAGUUUGAUAAUAAGAAUGUCAAUGAAUCCAAAGUAUGUGAGGCUUCUAGAUGGAAAAAUGAUGCCAGAAAAAUUCCAGCCAAGGUCUUAAGUAAAUAUCCCAAAUUUGCUGGAGAUCCUCGCAAUGUGCACCAAGGAUUAGCUUCUGAUGGGUUUAAUCCAUUUGGCACAAUGAGAACUGUACACAAAGAGUUAAAUGAAUUAUGGGAUAAUGGGAUAGAAACAUGUGAUGCCUCUGCUAAGGAGAUAUUUCAAAUGCGAGCAGCUCUCAUGUGGACUAUAAAUGAUUUUUCAGCAUAUGGUACUCUCUCUAGAUGGUGCACUUAUGGACGGUUUGCAUGCCCUUCUUGUAACAUAAACACUCAAUCUAGAAGGCUCACACACGGCAGAAAGUUUUGUUACAUGGGGCAUCGGCGCUUCUUGAAGUCGGGACACAAAUAUCGGAAUGAUGCAAAAUCGUUUGAUGGUACUAAAGAAACAAGACCUGCACCUUGUCCAGUAUCUGGGGCACUAGUGUUGAAUCAAGUUAAAGAUAUAAAAUUUACUCUCGGCCAGUCGAGUGAAGGGGUAAGUGGAGUGAUGAAAAACACAUGGAGAAAGAGGAGUAUUUUUUUCGAUCUUCCUUAUUGGAAGUCUAACUUGGUGCGCCAUAAUCUUGAUGUGAUGCACAUAGAAAAGAAUGUAUGUGAUAACUUAAUUUAUACAUUAUUGGAUCUUGGUAAAAAGUCUAAAGAUAACUCAGAAGCUCGAUUGGACUUGAAGGAGAUGAAAAUAAGACCAAGUUUAUGGCCUCAAUAUCGAGCUAGUGGGAAAGCGUAUCUUCCUCCUACUUUUUUCACAAUGUCUCAAAAAGAAAAAGAGUUGUUUUAUGAAGUACUACAAAAUGCCAAGUUUCCAGAUGGCUAUGCGUCUAAUAUCUCACGCUGCAUUCGCAAACGAAAGAUAUCUGGGUUAAAACUCAUGAUUGUCAUCAAAGAACUAAAAGUAGAAGAGUUAAAGUUACUUGAAGAAAAAAUUCCCGAAACUUUGUCUACUAUGGAGAAACUUUUCCUCCCAGGAUUCUUUACUGUUAUGAUACAUUUGGUAAUUCACUUGGCAACUGAGGCUAAUCAUGCGGGGCCGGUACAUUGUCGCUGGAUGUACCCAAUUGACAGGGAACAUAUUGCUGAAAUCAAGAGAUCAUAUCGUAAGCGUCGUUUGACUCAACAUCAACUUGAUCGUGUGCAUUUCGAUACAUUUCAUGAGUGGCUCAAGGAGCAAAUAAAGGAGCUUGAAGCCACAUCUAACAUCUUAAAGGAUGUUAAAGUCCUUGCACAAGGGCCGAGUUACAUUGCAAAAAGAUUUCAUGCAUUCGAUGUAAAUAACAGGUAUCGAUUUCGAAUGAAGCAAAGUGAAGAAUUUAAGGUGACACAAAAUAGUGGUGUUAUGGUCAUUUCAAAGACUGAAAGUUAUGCAAGUACAAGUGACAAUACUCCAAAGUCUACAAAUAUCACAUAUUAUGGCAGAUUGAAUGAUAUUGUGGAGUUAAACUACUAUGAAGAAUUGAAGGUUGUCUUAUUUAAGUGUGAUUGGGUUGAUGUAACCAAAGGUAGAGGAGUUAAGGAAUAUGACUUGGGUUUCAAACUUGUGAAUUUCUCAUGCCUAACAGACUCUGGCGAUCGAGAACGUCAUGAGCCCUUUAUUUUAGCAGAGCAAGCUCAACAAGUAAUAUUUGUACAAGAUCCUAAAGAUCAUGAAUGGUUUGUCCCUAGGUUAAUUAAACCUCGAGAUAUUUUUAAUAUGGGAGAGGAAAAUAGUUUGCAGUUUGCGUCAUCAAUGCAGAGUGAUGCCACUGACUUGGCUCUCUUAGAAAAUACUCGUGUUCCAGAAGAUGAGUAUAAUGAUUGGGUAAGAAGUGGUGUCGAUGGGAUAGUAAUUGAUGCAAACAUACAUUCUCAAGAUUCUCCAAAUGAUGGUAAAGCUAGUGUUGAGGGAGAAAAUGACAAUGAAAAUGAAUAUGAUUCUGAAUAUGAUAAGUGA